UAGUGGUGGUGGUGGUGGAGGAGAGAUCCACAGGAAAACAAAGAAGGUGCGGGUCUGAGCUGUUCUGCGUAAGCUGCGGUUUCUGAUAGCCGUCAGGGGAGAGAGAAAGGUCAGAGUCUACACUGCACCGGCUACUGUUUACUGAAACCCGUUCUUCAGUUUUCUGGGGAAAUACACGCAGCAAGACUGGAGGUGACAGAAUCCUUAGUGAACCACUUAGAUAGUAGAGCCGUUCUUGUGACCUUUGGCAGCGCGAUGGAGCUUGAGCAUUUCGAGGAGCGGGAUAAGGCGCAGCGGCACAGCCGAGGAGGGGGCAGGCUGAACGGGGUGACCAGCCCAGCACACAGCGCCCACUGCAGCCUCUACCGCACCCGGACCCUCAAGACCCUCAGCUCGGAGAAGAAGGCCAAGAAGGUCCGCUUCUACCGCAACGGGGACCGCUACUUUAACGGGAUAGUGUACGCCAUCUCCGCGGACCGGUUCCGGUCUUUUGACGCUCUGCUGGAGGACCUGACCCGCUCCCUGUCCGAUAAUGUGAACCUGCCACAGGGCGUCCGGACUAUCUACUCAGUGGAUGGAACCAAAAAGAUCACCAGCACCGAUCAACUGGUGGAGGGCGAGAGCUACGUGUGCGGCUGCAUCGAGGUCUUCAAGAAGCUCGACUACACCAAGAACGUCAACCCCAACUGGUCGGUGAACGUUAAAGCUUCGUCUGCGGCGGCCGCCCGCGGUCCUCCUUUCCUGGGCAGCUCCAAGGCCGGACCUCCAGACACCCGGGACCAGGCAGUGAAGGACUUCAUCCGGCCCAAGCUGGUGACGGUGGUGCGUAGUGGGGUGAAGCCCAGGAAGGCUGUACGGAUCCUGCUCAAUAAGAAGACAGCACAUUCAUACGAACAGGUCCUGACCGACAUCACAGAGGCCAUCAAACUGGACUCUGGAGUGGUGAAGAGGAUCUAUACACUGGAGGGGAAACAGGUGACGUGUCUCCAGGACUUCUUCGGCGACGAGGACAUCUUCGUGGCGUGUGGACCGGAAAAAUACAGAUACCAAGACGACUUCCAGCUGGAGGAGAGUGAGUGUCGUGUGAUGAGGUCAGUGGCCUAUGGUAAAAUGUCCGUCCCUCUGACCAGACGUGGUUCUCCUCGCUCCGUGGGACUGUCUAGAUGCAGCAAGUCCCCCGCAGGCUCCGUGAACGGGAAUCCGACCAGUCAGCUGUCCACUACUGGCUCUGGGAAAUCUCCAAGCCCCUCCCCUUCCAGCCCUGCUUCAGACCUCAGACCACGCAGGGAGUCUCAGGGUUCAUCUAUCUCUCUGGCCUCUACCAAAGUCUGUAGCUCCAUGGACGAGGGGGAUGGAGCUGAGUCAGUAGUAGAGGAUGAUAUCCCAGCGGUGCCUGCCUCCAUAUCGGAGCGCUACAGAGUUGGACGUACGUUGGGAGACGGUAACUUUGCGGUGGUCCGGGAAUGUGUGGAACACUCCACAGGCCGGGAAUAUGCCCUGAAGAUCAUUAACAAGGGCCGAUGCCGGGGGAAGGAGCAUAUGAUCCAGAAUGAGGUAGCCAUCCUGAGGAGGGUGAAACACCCUAACAUUGUUCUGCUGAUCGAGGAGAUGGACACCUACAGCGAGCUCUACCUGGUCAUGGAGCUGGUCAAGGGGGGCGAUCUGUUUGAUGCCAUCACGUCCACUAACAGAUACACAGAGAGAGACGCUAGUGGGAUGUUGUAUAACCUGGCCAAUGCCAUCAAAUACCUCCACAGCCUCAACAUCGUACACAGAGACAUCAAACCAGAAAACCUAUUGGUGUAUGAGCAUGCUGAUGGCAGUAAGAGUCUGAAGUUGGGGGACUUUGGUCUGGCCACCGUAGUAGAUGGGCCCCUCUACACAGUCUGUGGAACACCCACAUAUGUAGCACCAGAGAUCAUCGCAGAGACAGGGUAUGGCGUUAAGGUCGAUAUCUGGGCAGCAGGAGUUAUCACCUACGUCUUGUUGUGUGGCUUCCCUCCCUUCCGAGGGAGCAGUGAUGACCAGGAGGUGUUGUUUGACCAGAUCCUGAUGGGUCAGCUGGAGUUCCCUCUCCCCUACUGGGACAAUGUGUCAGAGACUGCCAAGGAGCUGAUCAGGUCCAUGCUGGAGGUGGAGGUGGAUCAGAGAUACACAUCUGUACAGGUGCUGGAGCACCCCUGGGUCAAUGAUGAUGGUGUGUCAGAGAACGAACAGGAGCUGUCAGUAGCAGGGAAGAUAAAGAAACACUUCAACACCGGCCCUAAAGCUAACGACACCACCGCCGGAGUGUCAGUCAUCACGGCCACCGCUCUUGAUAAGGAGGGGCAGGUUCUCAGACGAAGAUGCAACCAGGAUGUGAGCUCACACCCGUUGCCGUUGACGACGACAACAAAAACAAAAACAACGAUGGACAAACCGACCAGCUGCCUCCCCAGCCCGACCCUCGCCCCCCUCUCUCUGACCUUUAUCCUCGGCUCAGUCCCUAACCCUGACCCCUCCCCCAGCCACACCCCGGCGUCAGACGAUGAUAUCUCUCUCAGCUCAGCUGGGACUGUUCAUUCUCCUAACUCCCCCUUUUAGAGGUAGGGAGAGGGGAGAGGGGAGAGGGGUGAUAUGUUCUCCUAACUCCCCCUUUUAGAGGUAGGGAGAGGGGUGAUAUGUUCUCCUAACUCCCCUUUUUAGAGGUAGGGAGAGGGGUGAUAUGUUCUCCUAACUCCCCCUUUUAGAGGUAGGGAGAGGGGUGAUAUGUUCUCCUAACUCCCCCUUUUAGAGGUAGGGAGAGGGGUGAAUGUUCUCCUAACUCCCCUUUUUAGAGGUAGGGAGAGGGGUGAUAUGUUCUCCUAACUCCCCCUUUUAGAGGUAGGGAGAGGGGUGAUAUGUUCUCCUAACUCCCCCUUUUAAAAGUAGGAAAGGGGGGAGGAUGGGAGAGA